AUGGGGGAAGGGAAUGUGUGGCAGAAGUGCAAUGUGGGAGCUUUCGGUCUCAGCCCUACAAUCCUUGGCACGCCUGAUGUGCUGCCUUUAGUACUUAAAGCCGCGAAAGUCACUGUUCAAAAUUGUCGACAUGCACCAGAUGACUUUUCGGAGGCCUCCAACGUUUCUCAGGGUCUCUGUGUGCUUCUCAAGGGCGUCGCAACUGAGCUUAAGAAUCCGAAGUCGCCGCUUCGCAAGGAUGACAGGGUUGCGAAAGAGUUCGCGGUUCAUUUCAAGAAUUGCCAGACGUCCCUAGAACCUCUCUCGGACCUUAUCUCUAAGCAUAAAAGCCUCGCAACUCCGAAUAAAAGGCUCAUUGAUCGACUGCGCUUCUCAAAAAAAGAUUAUCUGGAAUACAGAGGCAAUCUUGCCUUCUACACGGCUCAGCUCUCUGAGUUCCUGCAUACGGUUGGUCUGGGCUCAUUAGGACGUAUCGAGCAGAAUGUGGAAGACAUCAAAGACUUUCUACCGGAUUUGAUGAUCAAAAUAGAUCAAAUGUUUGCUGAAGUUCGCCUCACAGAGGAUAAAGAGUCAUAUCUGUCAGACUACACCGAUGACGAGAAAUUUGUAUGGAAAGCCUUCCGAAGCAAACUGAACAAGGCCGGUUUCACGAGUCGAGUGCUACAAGAGCAUGAAUCUGCUAUCUUCCUCAGAAUCGAGGAGCUGAGUGAAUGUGGUCUACUCGACGCAAGUGGCUCUUUGCGGACGUGUUCGGAGGAUGAAGUCCUGUCUCCAAUGCUCACAUCUCAGCCGCGACCAUCGAGCAUAGCUGACGAUAAAAGUGACUCCGACGCUGAGACAAUAAUUAGUCCCGCUGCGGGCAAGGUAGAUAAUGCCCAUCAACCGGUGGACGAGGAGACAAUGACUUCAAACGAAAAUUUGCCAAUAGGUGCCGAACAAGAGCGGAAUGACAUUACUCACAUAAAGACAAGUCUCUCGGGAGUGACUGAAGAUUAUACAAAUGCGGAUCACGUCUUUGUUCCUAGCCCGUUACCCGAGAGUCCAUUAGCUCGUGUAUGGCAGGACUCGAAGGGAAGAAACAUUGAAAAGGGGGUGUUGAAUGGGACUGAGAUAGUCAAUAAUGAGCUCUUCGUUAUCAUCGUGGAUCGAGAUGGGCACAAAUUCUCCAUACCCCGUUUGAACUUGUGCAAAAAUGAUCUAGCAUACGUAGACAAAGCGAUGAGCUCCAAUUCCACGCAGCAAUCACAUACUACCAAUAGUGAUCCAAAGAAAUCCUCUGAAUCUGCACAUCGCGGCAAGGCCUCCAAAAGCCUCUAUAUACCAUCAGAAGAUCCUACUGAGCUUCCGCAACGUACUCGUCCAGAGAUCCUCAUAGGAAAGCGGACAAAAUCUGACAUUAUCUGGAAAUAUCGCCGGCCAGGACAUGAGCGGCCUUCGCCAGCACCACAUCGUCCAAGGCAUUUACUUACAAAUGAUGCGCUUCCUGAAGCGGCUGCUGAAGGCGAUUUGAGGCAGGUCAGACGACUCCUUGGGCUCGGCGAGCACAUUGAAUCCAGAGGUCCCAAGUCAUGGACGGAGUCAUUUCAAACCCGGGAUAGUGAUGGUAAUCCUGUUACUGAACAAAAGAGGCAUUCUUUCCUAGAAACAACAGCACUAUAUAGGGCCGCUUCAGCGGGCUGGCUUGAUGUUGUUCAUCUCCUUCUACGGCGAGGAGCCGAUGUUGACACAAGGAACAGGUACGACGGUAAACCAGGCGACCCAGUUCUAUUCCAGGUAGUCAGUAGUGGUCAAGUGGAAAUUGCGAGAUUACUUUUAGAGUAUGGUGCAAGACUCAUCCGAUGUCGCAAUCGAACCGCACUUCACCUAGCUAGCAGUCAGCCAAAACUCAGCAUUGUGCAAUUAGUCUUGGAUUACGGUGCCUCUAUUAACCCUAAAGAUUCUCUAAAGCAAACACCACUCUAUCUCGCCACAUGCAGAGGCUUCACGAGCAUCGUGCAAUUACUACUAGAAGAAGGCGCAGGGAGGGAUACGUUGACACUGAAAGGCCAAAGUGCGAUCUACAAGGCUGCCGGUCAUGUUCGCUCUGAUAUUGUGAGGCUCUUACUGCAGUAUGGCGCAGAUCCCAGCAUGGGUCGUGGUCGUUACGGAGAAACCGCGAUCUACAAAGCUGCAUGGUACAAUGGCUUGGAGACUGUAGAUCUGUUCCUCGCGUUCGAAGCCGACGUAAAUAUCCCCAAUAAUGAGAAGAUGGAGAAAUACAAUGGCUUGGGCGAAAAGGUGUUGCACGGCGUGCUCGGCGGUCUCGCUAAAGAUCACGCCGUAAUGAAUACCUGGGGCAAAACCGCACUUCACGCCGCUGCAUACCAAGGUCAUACAGAGAUGCAAACUGCCCUGUACCUGGCCGCCAGCCAGAAGCGCGAGCGCGCGAUGCAAGCUCUUCUCAAAGCCGGAGCAAAAUUGGAGACCGAGAAGCACGAUCCCGUUCUUUCUUUGAUCAACGAACGCCGGAAAAGGCGAGAACUUGGGAGCAAAGAGAUUCAGCAGAGACAAAGACUGGAUGUGGCAAAGUUAGGCACCUCCGAUCCGCUCGUAGCUCUUGUCGCCAACUUCACCAAAAUGUGGUCCGAAUCAAGACGGGCGAGGACAACUUAA